CCAUAAAAAGACCAAAAAAUUGCACAUUUAUUUCAUUCGAUAUGCUACCGCCAGGGAUAUAAGAGUAAUUACAGAAGAACACAAGAUGGACAAAGAAGACUGAUCACGAAUAAAGUUGGCAUGAAGAGGAAUAGCAAAUUCCGAAAUGGCAUUCACAAGCCAUGUGAACGAAAGUCAAUAUUUAGAACUGUUAAAGAUUUGAUAACUCCAAAAUGGUUAUCCAGACUUUUCACCACUGAAAAACAGCAUGAACCUAAAGAACCACAGGAGGAAGAUACAAGAACGAUGUCCAUAUUUGGAUCACUGAAAGAUCUGUUAACACCAUCAUGGUUGACCAGAUACAUCACUUUAAAUCCAGGAAACAUAAACACACAGGAUUUGAGUAAAGGCUGUAAGAAACAAACAAUUAAUAGAGACAAACAACAUCAGAAUGUUGAAAGAUCACCAGUAAAUACAUGCAACCAGAAAAAUAAUUCCAGAUGCAGUGAUAACUAUUUUCCGCAGUCAACAUCUAUUCCUCACACAGGGCCAAGAGAAGAUAUUCAUCAACAAGAUCAAAUGCCUGUUCAGAAUACUGGUACAUUCUCAUCAUCUCAGCUUCCAUUACAAUCAGGAAACAUUGAUGGGCAUGACAUAGAUAAUGAUGACAACUUUUCUAACAUUAGUGAUUAUUCUGGGUGUUCAAGUGGAUAUUCUUCUAUGAACCCACAUCAGCCGACCUGCAUUCAAGAGAAAAAAGCCCUAACAGAACUGAAUAACAAUGGUCAGGAUACUCAUAACUCGGUUUUAAAAAAAAAUGUGAAUUGGUCAGCACAGUACAAUACUAAAAGUCCAAAGAAGUCAUCAUUGACAGAAAAUUCCAGUUCAGGACUGAACUUAUUUCCAAGGAGAGCAGAUGAGGAUGCAGCAUUAACUUCCAAUAGAUUAAUUGAAAGACACUUUCAUCCUGGUGCAACAUUUGGAAGAUGUUCACCACAGAAAAGAAAAUGGAAUGAAAAUUGCAGUCCCAGUUCUCCACAUAAGAUUCCAACAAGACAGAAAAUACAAGCUAGACAUGUAACCAGCUCAAUAAACAGUAAUUUACUCAUUAGCUCGGGAGCCAAAAAUAUGGAGGGAACAUUGGAAAAACUGAAAACAGAAAUCGAAGAGUUCCACCUAACAUCUACAGACAAUGAUGUAUCAUUAUAUGAUAUUUCUAGAAAAGAUAAAUGUCACAGUGUAGGGAAAGAGAGUCAAUACAGAAAUAUUGACCAGUUAUCAGUUGUGUCAUCAAGUACUGAUAAAGAAUCAGAAGCUCAAGAUGAUUGCCAGAAAGGAUCGGCUGGUUUAAGUUCUAAAUCUGAAAUGACAUCACAUCUGAAUGGUUAUUCAAAAUCAAGCAGUGAAUUCUAUUUGACAGGUGAUAGCAAUAGUUCAGCCAAGUUUGGAGGAAAGUCAGUCUUAUACAAUAAUGGAUUUAUAGUGGAAAAAAGAUUAACAGAAUUAUCUGAAAGAAUAGAUCAACCCCAGCCUUGUAAAUAUACUUAUAGCAAAGAUUUGCCAAAACAAAAUGGUUCAUCAUUUAGCAGAUACUAUGAAUUGCAACCUUUAGAGACAGAAAUAACAUCUGAAAUCAAUGAAAGUACAAUUUCCAAGGAAUAUGUUGUCAAGGACGAAUCAGAGGUUAUGGUCAAAAGUUCAGACAACAAAUCUAGGGAAAACUCAUCUGGAGAUACCAUAACAUGUGAUACACUUAAUUCUUCUUCAAGAUUGUCAAGGACACCAAUAUUGGGAACAUCUGAGACAGCAUCUACAUCUCAAAUAUCAGAAACACCAACACAAAAUGGAGAAAUAUCUACAAUGGCAGCUGCAAUACCUAGAACUUCAACACCUUCAAUAAGCACAUCUUUGAUAUCAACAUCAGCAUCUCAGAUUUUAUUUGGUAAAUCACUUGCUUCAACAUCUUUCUUUACAAUAUCAGAAACAUCAAAAGUUUUAGCCGGAAAUUCUAAUAAAUCAACACCUACAGUUGGACAACCUCAGUCAGCUUUGCCAAUUUAUUCCACCUCUUGGGUUUCAACACCAACAUUUAGAGCUCCUCAACCACAAAUACCAACAUUAGGAACACCCCAGAUGUCAGCACCAACAGUUGCCACAUCUCUGGUAUCAACAGUUACAUUUGGAUCUCCUCAGACAUCAAUAUUUGAUAACUCAAUGGUAUCAGUACCUGCAUUUGGAACACAUCGAACAUUAUUAACAACAACUAGCACAUCACUGUUAUCAUCACCAGCAUUUGGAACAUGUCAAACAUCAGCACCAACAACUAGCACAUCACUGAUAUCACCAUCAGCAUUUGGAACACUUCAGACAUCAGCAUCAACAACUGGCACAUUACUACUAUCCAAACCAGAACUUGGAACACUUGCACCAAUGACUAGCACAUCACUGCAUUCAAUAUCAGCAUUCGGAACACAAGGAAUAUCAGCGCCGAUAACUAGCACAUCACUGCUAUCACCACCAGCAUUUGGUAAACAUCGAAUGUCAGCACCAACAACUAGCACAUCACUACAAUCAAUAUCAGCAUUCGGAACACAACGAAUAUCAGCACCUAUAACUAGCACAUCACUGCUAUCACCACCAGCAUUUGGUGAACAUCGAAUGUCAGUACAUUUUGUACCAACAACUAGCACAUCACUACAAUCAAUAUCAACAUUUGCAACACAUCAAACAGCAACAGCUAGCACAUCACUGCUAUCACCACCAGCAUUUAAAACACAUCAAACAUCAGCACCAAAUACUAACACUUCUGUGCCACUAAAAUUUAGUACAUUAGACACCUCAGCAUCAAUACUGGCACCGAUGGUCACAUCCCCAACACUUGGAACACAUACGACAUCAGAGACAGACAGAAUGACAUUUGGAAAAGUCCAAACAUCAUUAGCUACAUUUAGGCAGCCUCAGGUUACAACAAUGAAGCCUGAAAUGUCUAAUACACCACCAAUGUGUACAAUGAAGCCUGAAAUGUUUAAUACACCACCAAUGUGUACAAUGAAGCCUGAAAUGUUUAAUACACCACCAAUGUGUACAAUGAAGCCUGAAAUGUUUAAUACACCACCAAUGUGUACAAUGAUGCAAGAACAAACAUUAAAUGUUGGGGCCUCCAAUAAUGACAAUAUAGCAAAUCCUCAUAUCUCAAAACUACGAACAACUGUGUCCGGAGGUGACAACUGUGAUGCUGUGAUGAAAAGAGAACUUACCAAUCAUGUGCCUUCUACCAAAAACAUUGAGAUGUUUAUUCCUGAAUAUAGAAAACCACUUGUUUCAAGACCAAUAGAUUUGAGUGCUGAUGACUGUAAUGUUUCAGUAGUUACAUUUGAUUUAGAAACUACAGGUUUUGGUUAUGAUGCAGAUAUAGUUCAAAUAUGUGCAGAAGUUGUUCAGAUAACACCACAAAUUGUAGACAUGGAGUUCCAAACAUUCCAAGAAUAUAUAUUACCAAUCAAACCUAUUAAUCCUAAAGCUUCUGAAGUUACAGGCUUAUAUAGUGAUGCCUGCUCUCUAUAUUAUAAAGGACAAAAAGUUAAUACUUUGUCAAAAUCUGUGGCUCUAGAAAAAUUCAUAAAAUGGCUUCCACAUAAAGCAGUCCUAGUUGCUCAUAACUGUAAAAAUUUUGACUCUAAAAUUAUUGUUGCACAACUGAGCUCAGUUAAUCUCGUGAAAGAGUUUCAAUGCAAAGUGUUUGGUUUUUCAGACACACUUCACAUAUUUAAACAAAAAUUUCCUGAUAGGAAGUCUUAUAAACAAGAAAAUCUUGUAAAGGAUAUUUUAAAAAGAAGUUAUAAUGCCCACAAUGCAGUGGAUGAUGUAAAACUCUUGAACAUAUUAAUUAAAAAUUCGAAAGUCAGUCUUCAAGAUGUCAUAAAUCACAGUUUUACUGUAGAGUAUGUUCAUAAUUUUCUUACAGAAUUUAGAUGUAAAGAAGCAAGACUUAAAACCUUCAAACCUGUAUAUAUGUCUGAUGAACCAAUAAUGUCAAAGUCUUUAUGUGAGAGAGCAGCAAAGAGUGGACUGAAAUUAGAACACUUACAUUUAGCUAUAUCUUGUGAUGAUUUCGAUGGUCUACAUAGACUUUUAAGUGAAAUUGAUGAUGAUGGGAAUGUGAGAGUUACUAAAAUGAAUAGAAUAAUACAAAAUGUAUACAAUUUUUUAACUGAAAUGAAAUAAAUAUGUAUAUUUGUA